CAACAACAAGUAUGGCUUACUAAGCAAGUACCUCUUGCAAUGCGCGUUAAUUCGUAUGCAGGCGAUGUAACCCUUUCGCUUGUGUGUGUAUGCGUGUAAAUGCAUUUUUAGCCUGCAAACCUCCACAAUGGCAGAAGCGGGAAGAUGAUUGAUUGUCCUGCCUCACCCCUGCACAAGAUCGAAUAACUCUAUCAGGCUGACGUCACAAAUGCAGAACGGCAGUUCAUAUCUUCUGACCUGUGUCAAUAGAACGAUACUGAAGUCGAUAGAGUUUUAAGCAGUGAAGAGAAAUAAUAAGCUAUUUCUCUAAUUCAGCUUCCUUACUCACCACCAACUACCAACCAACAACAAAACUUUAUUUCAAAAUGUCUACAGAUAGCAAAACAAUGAUGCACUUGAGUGGUGCUGACCAACGUGAAAGCGGUAAAGGUUCAGAAAACCCAGCUCCUUCUCACGAAAAAGGUGUUGAAAACUCUCACUUAAACUUGGACAAAACUGAUGAAAAGAGUAUCGCAAACAAACUCGAUCAAGCAUCAAAACAAGAAAAACGUGAAGAACAAGCUGAAAAAGAAGCAAAUUCAAAACCACCAACCCGUAUUGCUGAAGACCACGGCAACAAGCCAUCUCGCGGUGCAAGAGUCGAUGAACAGAUCCAACUUGAAGAAGAAGCUGAAUUGCGCAAGAAGGGCAUUGAACCUUAAAAUUGCAAAAGAUAAUGUAUGAAUAAGGGUAUAAUAGCAUUCCUCUACUACAAUGUUGCAUACAAGUUAAAAUAAAAACAAUUCCAUGUACAUCGUACUGUUUAUAAUCAAAAAAUCAUACCUUUAAAGUUGUUAGAAUACGUAAGGUACUAAUCGAGCACGUACUUUUUGCAUAUACUCUGUAUAUUCUUUGCCCAACUCUCUUUGGAGCAUUGGCUCUUCAUCCCGAAUACGUAGAGUGAUG